AUGACGGAAAAACUCAGCUUUAAGAACAAGGUAGUGGUCAUCACGGGCGCUGGUGGUGGCUUGGGUCGCGUGUAUGCCCUGGAAUUUGCUAAGAGGGGUGCGAACGUGGUCAUUAACGAUUUGGGCGGUUCUCUGGGUGGGGAAGGUCACAAUUCGAGAGCUGCCGACGUCGUAGUCGCAGAAAUUCAAGAAAAAUACAAAGUGAAAGCCGCUGCAAACUAUGAUUCAGUAACAGACAAUGCCGCCGGCAUUGUGAAAACAGCACUUGAUAAUUUUGGACGUUUGGACAUUAUCAUCAACAAUGCCGGAAUUUUGCGAGACUCUAGUUUUGUCAAAAUGCAGGACUCUGCGUUCGAUUCCGUGGUCGAUGUACAUCUCAACGGCGCCUACAAGCUCACAAAAGCCGCCUGGUCGAUUUUCAGGCGCCAAAAUUUCGGCAGAGUUAUCAAUACCUGUUCUCCCGCUGGACUCUAUGGUAAUUUUGGACAGGCCAACUACUCUGCAGCCAAAUUGGGUCUUGUGGGCUUCACUGAAACGUUGGCGAAAGAAGGUUUCAAAAAUAACAUUUACGUCAAUUGCAUUGUUCCCUUGGCACGCUCACGCAUGACCGAACGGAUCAUCCCUCCCCACAUUCUGAAAACUUUAGCGCCAGAGAAAAUUGCUCCGAUGGUCCUUUACCUGUGUCACGAGUCUACAAAAGUGACAAACUCGAUCUUUGAACUAGCAGCAGGAUACUACAGUCAAAUUCGUUGGGAACGGUCGUCUGGGCAGAUUUUCAAUCCUGAUCCUGAGACGUUCACCAGCGAGGCAAUUCUCAAUAAAUGGAGUUCAAUUGUCGAUUAUCAAGACAAGCCUUUCAACAAGGUUUCUCACCCUGUGCAGCUAAGUGACUACAACUCAUUGAUUUCUAAAGCCCGCCAAUUACCUGCCAAUAGUCAAGGAUCUCUCGAAAUCAAGUCUUUACGCGAUAGAGUUAUUAUCGUCACAGGUGCAGGUGCAGGUUUGGGUAGAUCGCAUGCGCUUUAUUUCGCAAAGUAUGGGGCAAAAGUUGUUGUUAAUGAUAUCAGGGAUCCACAUACCGUUGUCGCAGAAAUCCAAGAGAUCUAUGGGAAGGAAGCCGCUGUAGCCGACAAACAUGACGUUGUCACACAAGCAGAGGAAAUCAUAAAAAUUGCUUUGGAUCAUUAUGGCAGAGUGGAUGUCCUUGUCAAUAACGCAGGUGUCCUGCGGGACAGAUCUUUUGUAAAGAUGUCGGACGAAGAGUGGUUUCUUGUUGUUAAAGUUCAUCUCUAUUCAACCUUAAGGCUGUGCAAAGCCGUUUGGCCGAUUUUCCUCAAGCAAAAACGAGGUCAUAUUAUUAACACGACUUCCACCUCCGGCAUUUAUGGUAAUUUUGGACAAGCUAAUUAUGCUGCGGCCAAAGCUGCCAUACUCGGCUUUUCUAAGACGUUAGCGUUGGAAGGAUCAAAGGCUGGUAUCAUGGUUAAUGUGGUGGCUCCCCAUGCCGAAACAUCAAUGACCAGGACAAUCUUUUCCGACAAAGAGCUCGGGAAUCACUUUGAACCUAGUCAAGUCUCCCCAUUUUUUGUGCUACUGGCUGCUGACGAGCUUUCCGAGAAGGCGGGAAAACCUGUCACUGGGCAGCUAUUUGAAGUUGGUGGUGGAUGGUGUGGACAAACUAGGUGGGAGAGAAGUAAAGGGAUCGUGAGUACACAACCUUCGCCUGAGUUUUUACGGGAUAACUGGGCGAAGCUUGUCGAUUUCACCGAAAGUACACAUCCAUCGUCAACUCAAGAAUCUACGAUGUCAAUACUUCAAAGCGUCACAGAGGCAAUGGAAGCUGCCGCGUCCAAGUCAGUCUUCAAGUACACAGAGCGAGAAGUUAUCUUGUAUAACCUGGGACUUGGAUGCACAAGUCAAGAGUUGAAGUACUGCUAUGAAAACGAUCCAAGCUUUCAAGUUCUUCCAACUUUCGGCGUAAUUCCCUUCAUGUCGAGUGGAAACUCUAUUAAGAUGGACGCGCUCGUUGAUAAUUUCAACUGCGCUUUCCUGUUACAUGGCGAACAGUACUUCAAGCUCAAUCAGUUCCCUCUGCCUACUAAGGGGUCUCUGAAAACUAUCGGAAAGCCGAUCCAGGUCCUUGAUAAAGGCGGGAAAGCAGCAAUCAUCGUAGGAGGUUAUCAGACCGUCAAUGCUAAAACCAAUGAGCCCCUUGUAUACAAUGAAGCCACCUUUUUCAUCCGCGGAGCCAAGGUACCAAAAGCGAAACAAAUUAGUAACACUAGAACAAAGUUCGCUGUUCAGCGUUUCGAAGCCGGUAACGGCAAACCUGAUUUUGAAAUUGAGAUAACCACAAAUGUCAAUCAAGCAGCAAUAUACCGUUUGUCCGGGGAUUUGAAUCCUUUGCAUAUUGACCCUGAUCUCGCAAAGAUGGCGAAAUUUCCAAGACCAAUUCUACAUGGCCUGUGUACACUGGGUGUCACCGGCAAAGCUUUGUUCGAAAAAUUUGGCCAGUUUGAGGAAUUCAAAGUGCGCUUCACAAAUGUAGUGUUUCCUGGAGAUCGUUUGAAGGUGAAAGCUUGGAAAAAGCCAAAUGGUGUUGUUGUGUUUCGAACAAUCGACAUCGAUCAAGGCUACGUAGUGCUUGAUAAUGCUGCACUAAAACUUGUUGGCGGGAACGCCAAAAUCUGA